UCGGCCCUUUCCUGCUGCCUGUCCAUCUUGGCGGAGCGUCUCCGUUACCGCCCGAGCCGACGCGAGGCAGCAACAUGGUGGCCGCGAAGAAGACGAAAAAGUCCCUAGAGUCCAUAAACUCCAGGCUGCAGCUGGUUAUGAAAAGUGGUAAAUAUGUGCUAGGCUACAAACAGACUCUGAAAAUGAUUAGGCAGGGCAAAGCCAAGUUGGUCAUCCUUGCCAACAACUGUCCUGCUUUGAGGAAGUCUGAGAUCGAGUACUACGCCAUGCUGGCCAAGACUGGCGUCCACCACUACAGCGGCAACAACAUCGAGCUGGGCACAGCCUGCGGCAAGUACUACAGGGUCUGCACGCUGGCCAUCAUCGACCCAGGUGACUCUGACAUCAUCAGAAGCAUGCCAGAACAAACCAGUGAGAAGUAAAUGCUGUAAAGGUCUUAUUUCUACAAUAAAACUGGUUACAGAUGUGUUUUAAGAAAACAACAAUAAUUUGUAUUAUACCUUUGCUGGCUUCAGGGAAGAAACUCUAUAAAUGGAGAUUGGUUGCCACUGAUGUGUUGC